CGUGACGUCACUCGCACCGCGCGGCCGCCAUGACCGGGUUCGGGGAGGAAUUCACGCUGUGCGCGCUGCUCGCCGGGACCGGAGCGGGGAGACCCCGGGGACCCCGGAGCGUGGGGCUGGGGGGAGAGCCGGACACCGUGCUGCUCACCGACACCGGGAGGACCGUCACCCUCUACCAGGUAAUACCCGGCAGGCACCGCGGCACCCACGUGGGACCCACACACAGCCCGGCACGCGGACCCUCACCGGUAUGGGGACCGUAACACGGCCCAGGCCCGGGGGGGGUAACACGGCCUGAUGGGGGGACCAUAACACGGCCCGAAGGGGGGACCGUGGGGCCUCGGGGGGACCGUAACACGGCCCGGUAUGGGGGACCGUAACACGGCCCGGUAUGCCCAAAGGGGGACCGUAACACGGCCCGGAAUGGGGGGGACUGGACUGCAACACGGCCCGGUAUGGGGACCGUAACACGGCCUGGAAGGGGGGGGACCGUAACACGGCCCGGUAUGAAGGGGGGACCGUAAACACGUGGGACGGCCCGGUAUGGGGGGACCGUAACACGGCCUGAAAGAUGGGGACCGUAACACGGCCCGGUAUGGGGGUAGGUGGGCAGCGCCGGCCGGUGUGGGGGGGGCAGGUGGGCAGCGCCGGCCGCGGGGAGGUGGGCAGCGCUCGGUCGGUGUGGGGGUAGGCGGGGCAGCGCCGGCCGGUGGGGAGGUGGGUCAGCGCCGGCCGGUGUGGGGGGCGCGCCGGCCGGUGUGGGGCAGCGCCGGCCGGUGUACAGCCGGUGUGGGGUGGGUGGUGGGCGGCCGGUGGGGGAGGCAGGCACCGGCCUGUGUGGGGGGGUAGGUGGGCAGCACCGGCCGGUGGGGGUAGGCGGGGCAGCACCGGGCCGGGUGGGCAGCCGGUGCAAGGGGGGUAGGUGGGCCAGCCGGCCAGCCGCAGCUGCCGCCGCCGGCCGGUAAAGGGGAAGGCCGGGCCGGUAUGGGGGGGUAGGGUGGGAAGCCGGGUAUGGGGUAGGGGCAGCCGGCCAUAGGGGGGCGCAGGGGCCGGGUGUGUGGGACCGCCCGGUAUGGCAGGUGGGAGGGGCAGCGCCGGCCGGUGGGGGGAGGUGGGCAGCCCGGCCGGUGGGGAUGGGCGGGGAGGCCCCGGGUGGGGUAGGUAAGCAGCCACCGGCCGGCAUGGGGGGGGGGGUAGCCGGCCGGUGGGGGUAGGUGGGAAGCAGCACCGGAUGGGGAUAGGCAGCCACGGCAUGGGGGGGUGGGGUAAGCAGCCGGCCGGUAUGGGGGUAGGUGGUUGGCCGGCCUGCGUGGGGAGGCACUGGCCGGGUGUGGGGAGGGAAUGGGCCUGUGUGGGGUAGGGUGUAAGGGAAAUGCAGGUGGCAGCUGGGCGCCGGUGCAUGGGGGUGAGGUGGGCAGCGCCGGCCGGGGGGGUAGGUGGGCAGCGCCGGCCGGUAUGGGGGGUAGGUGGGCAGCGCCGGCCGGUAUGGGGGGUAGGUGGGCAGCGCCGGCCGGUAUGGGGGGGUAGGUGGGCAGGCGGUAGGUGAAAUAAACUGUAACUGAUAGAGUUGGGUAUGGCUGUGAUGGUGGUGAGCGUUAAUAGGGCUCCAUGGACUCCUGCUCAGUUAGGGCUUACCCCACAAGCUUUGAAUUUCUGGGGUUAUCACUGGGAUUCUGUGAGUUUGCUUUACAUCACUGGUUAUUUACUAUUAUUGUAAGAAGACUAAAGUGAGAAUUCAAAUUUAAUGGGGCACUAUAGUCACCAGAACAACCACAGCUUUAUGUGUAUAGUGUGUCUCUGCAGACUUUUCAAUGUAAACACAGCCUUUUCUGAGAACAAGUAGUGUUUACAUUGCUGGCUAGUAACACCUGCUAUUUAUUUCGAUGAGCGGUGACAGAUGUUUGAAGAAUGGUUUUAAACAUGUUUGGUUGUAUGGUAUUGUAGUUAUUGCCCGCUAUAUCUGUGCAAAAAUUAGUUUUGGUCGGUUCGUUCAAAUCGGUUCGUUUUAAUCCACAUCUGGCCAAAUCGAUCUUCUGGGAUUUACCUGUGGGGUCUUAUUCAUUGAAUGAGACUCCUCCAGCAAAUCCUGGUUCAUCCAAUGUUUUGCUUACUCUAACUUUAAACAAGUUGUUCUUAAUAUUUUAGGUAUCUGAUCAAAAACCACUGGGAAGCUGGACUGUAAAACAAGGACAGAUCGUCACAUCACCUGCUGUCUUUAAUUUUGGGACUGAAGAAUAUAUUGUAGUUCAUGAUGAUAAGGUAACGGUUUGAUCUUCAACUUUGUUGUUUUUGUGAUGGCAGCAUACAGUGAAUGUGACAUGUUGCUCAUGGUUUGUGUUUUUCCUUAUGCAGUUUUUAUGUAACUGUAUUCUUUCUGCCAAUUUGCCGAUACAAAGUACAGAGCACAAUGGUUUCCUAUAUGAGCAUUCAUACUAAACACCUUUUAAAGUUUAAAGGGGAACUAUUAACAAUUUGAUUUAUGCAGCUGUGAAAUUGUAAAAUGACCAAAGCUAUUUGGUUAGAAAACUAUUCUUGGAUAACUGCAUCUUGGUUCACAGUGAAUAUUAAACCUUUAACAAAAAUGUAUUUAACUAAAAGCACAAGAAACUUUAGAUGCAAAACGAAAAAUAUGCCCUGCACAUAAAGCAGGCUUCAAACUAAACAGAACUUUUACCCCAGGACAAAUUUGCUUUCGAUCUAGGAGCCAGCUAAAAAAGUUAGGAGCCAGUUUUUUUCCCCCAACGACAAAAAUACAAUUCUUAAAGGGACACUAUAGUCGCCAGAACUACUACAGCUUAAUGUACUUGUCUGGUGUCUGUAGACUGUCCCUGCAGGCUUUUCAAAGUAAACUGCACCUUUUCUUAGAAAAGGCAGUGUUUACAUUGCUGCCUGGUAACACCUCUAGUUGCCGUCACUCAAACGGCCACUAAAGUGUCUCUUAUUUCAGUGCAGCACCUUCGUUCAGUGUCUCAAAGCUCUGCAUGAAGUCCCUGAAUGCUCCCCAUGGAGAUGCAUUGAUUUAUUGCAUCUCUACGAGGAGAUUCUGAUUCGUAAUUGAUAAUCUCAGCUAUGGAGGCUGGCCAGCUGCAGUGAGACCGGCAUAGCGUUGGAAAAGAGGUGAGUAAGAACACCAUUCCCAUGUGAUCAGAGGGGGCUGGUGACCUAAACGUACACACCCUGGCUGACACACACACUCUCACACAGUCACAAAGUAUUAUUUGAUAUAGAUACACACAGAUAUACACACACACAAAAAAAGGUAAUACAUAUUUUUAGCCACCCUCCUGUUUCCUACCUUUGGGGCUCAGGAGGGUUGCUUCCUGGGGUCCAGUGGGACUGGGUAGCAGCAAAUGAAAAUUGGUUAUUGCGGCAGGUGGGAGCAGCUGCUGCUGUUUAAGUCUUCUCGGCCCCAUGCAAAUCUCUGUGCGCCGGGAGGAAGUGAAGGGAAACUUAAUUACUUUCUCCCGCGUGCAGGCCGCAAAGGGGAUGGGCGGGCAGCUGGCUCUUCAGAAUAGCUGGAGCCUAUGAGGAAAGUGGGCAGGGUGACUGUGGAACGCGAGCAGGCUGACAAGCUCUAAUUAAUGUGGGUGGGCUCGGAGGAAUUCGGCCGGGGUGGCGGGCAGGCAGCAAGCUGGCAGUCUUUAUAUGCUGCCCUUCCAGCUUGCAAUUCCCCUGCGGGAGGAAGGAGGGGACAGGCCGACCAAUCCCAAGCGCCAGGGCAAAAUUCUUAGUCGACCUGGCGCCUGUGAUUUGUCGAGCCCUGUUUUACCCAACCAGCAUGUAGGACACCCAGCUUUACAAAUUAUUGUAAUUGCUUUUUAUUGUACCAAAAAUGCCAAUAUGUUAGCUGAUGAAGCAGUUUUGUUGUAUAGAUUGUGCCCCUACAGUCUCACUGUUCAAUAAUCUGCCAUUUAGGAUUAAAUUCACUUUGUUUAUGCAGCCCUAGUCACACCUCCCUGCAUGUGAAAACACAGCCUUCCUAAACACUUCCUGUAAAGAGAUCUAAUGUUUACACUUUCUUUAUUGCAAAUUCUGUUCAAGCAGUGAGACUUCAGAGGUAUAGUCUCCCACAGUGUCCCUUUAAGUCCUACCUAUUUGAACGAUUGAGAUAUAGAUGGUCCUGAAGUGUCUAAAAUAACAGGAACUGAAAAUAGUUUUAAUGAAAGAAAAUGCUCCUUAUGCUGAUGACUCAAUGUCAACAACUUUAUAUUUAUCCUUGUUGGUCAGAAAGUGUACAUUGUGUUUAAUGCAGAGUUUGACACAGCCUGGGCUCUAUUGAGUUAUUGAUUGUAAAGAUACGAAUUCCUUUUACCAGCUUUGUGAGAUUUUUCCUAUUCGGUUUCUAACAUUGCAUUCCUUUGCAGAAAGGAGAAUGGCCUCUAUAUAAAGUUAUUUACUUUUUUUUUUCCGCAGGUUAUCAGGAUAUGGAAAGAUAGCAAUGCAAACUUGGACAAAGCAUUCAAAGCAACCGUAAGUGCUUUUAAAAAAAAUUAUUUUGCAGUUUUUAAAGGACACACCAGGCACCCUCAUGUGUUUUAAUGCAAUGCUUAGAUUUGCUUUCAGUUGGCCAUGUUCCAGAAGUUCAUUAUAUGCUGCCCCUAACCCCAAUACUGGUGCUAGGAGUGCCCUGAUAACUCCCCAGAGUUGCUAAUGGCUUGAUGUCUUACCUGCUGACCACUGGGCACUGCUCCCUGCCUCUUCCCUUCCAGAAUUGAGAGAUAGAAGCUCCCGUUAAGCGCUUCCGCUGGACCAGCUCAUUGGCCGAGAGCAAAAUGGUUUGACUACUUGCGUGGUGGGGAGCUAGGGAGCACCUGGGCCACUACAGUGCUCUGUACUUGUGCUUGGCUUUUAUUUAUUUUGUUUCUACAGUGCAGUUUGAAAAUGGGGAAGAAUUCAUUUGGCAGGUUAACCACUUUCUGCUCUGAAUCAAGAGCUAGGAAUGUAUUUUUUUACUUAUAGAUUCCAUAGCACAAACCACAUAGUGUGAAUAAAACACUAGCCCAUGUUUAAUUUCUUAUUUGUACUUUAAAGGGACUCUCCAACCUUUAACCACUACAACUUGUAUAGAGGUUGCUGUGUUAGUCUGAGGGUUCAGUCAGUGAGAAUUUUGUCAACCCUAUUUUAAGCCAUAUGGAAAAAAAUACUACGAAUUUUCAGGACCCAAAGUAUUCCCCUUUUGCUGGAUUUAGUAAAAUUAGGAAGCUUUAUCUCAUUAUUACCAGUCCAGUAUAUUUUUAAUCCGUAAGCAAGGAUCAGCCAUAUCAAAUCACUGGUCAUUUGUUCAAAACAGCAAACCCCAUCAAAUGGCUUACUGUUAGGCGGUACUGAAAUGUUCAGAAUUCUUCUGUACAAAUAACUGGACAAAAAACAGGCAAGUAAACUUCAUUGUGAAAUCUCCAUGUGAGGAGGUAAACACUACGAACAAUAAACAGCAGUGAGUCUGGUCCUGGGUAUGUCUCUUUUUAUAUAUUCUGAAGCCAUUUCCAAAACUCAAACGUAUUAACAGUUCUUGAUGAUUUCAAGAGCUGACAAUCUACAUAUGUUAUUGCUGGUUUAACUGUUCUUUUGAAGACAGGCCUUUUACUACUAGAUUGUAAAGUGCUCUCUCUUUUCUUGAUUGUCAGCUCUCUGCCGAUGUGUAUCGGAUUCAUAGUCUCCCUGAUCAUGAACCACUUGUACUGUUUCGGGGGGGAUCAGUGCGGUUUUUGGAUAUGGUGCUUGCUGAUCCACAACAAGAAGUUGAAACCACUCUGGUGGAUGGAGAAAAGAUCUUGUAAGUUUGUUACUAAAAGUAUUUUGUUGGUUUGUAAUUCAGUCUAUUGAAAAAUAUUCAAUAGUGAAUUCUUCUUCAAAAAUAAUAUGAAUGUGGAUAUGGUUGAUAAAUGCUAAUAUUGUUUUUUGUUUUUUUUAGGUGGUCUGAUAUGUAUGUUGAAGGUGGACAGUCUGUGUUGGUAUAUAUUACAGAGAUAGUAAGUAUCAGAUUUCUGCACAUAGCACAAUUUCUAUAGUGAGCUCUCUACUGUGAUAUCGGGACACCAGUGUAACAUGCACUUAAUUUAGGCUUAAUUGGGGGUGGGGGAGAGUCUUGUUACCACACCAACGCUAUAUAAAUAUACAAUUCAAAAAAACUAAAAGCACACCAAAUCCUGCCAAAUAGUAGACUUUAUUAAAUAUGAACAGUUAAUACAUUAUAUAAAUAACAAAGUGCAUAACAUAUCCGGUCUAAUUACCAAAGGUAAACAACCUUUAAAUAGCAAACAUUAAUCCAAAAAAGUGCAGAAUGCACUUCGUGAUUUAUUUUUUAAUGAUGUAUAUUUUUCAUCUUUGCUGCCAUGCUGAGUCUAAUUCUAGUAAUUCUGCUGCUUAACCCAACUUGCCUGUGGCACUCGGUGAUCGCAGAAGUUGGAUAGAUAACCGUAUAAUCUGACCCAACAUGACUGCGCAUCCAGAUAAGUGACAUUUUGUCAACAAAAAUAAAUCAUUAAGUUUGUAAUACAUGUACUAACCGUAAAAAAAAAAAGACAAGAGGAAACUGAUAAUUGUUAUUCUUUAACAAAUGAUUCUAAUGAGCUCACUCCCUGCACACAUAACACAAUGCUUGUGGCUCAGAAUGCUAUACAUCACUAUCACAUGCAACCAAUUCCAGGAGGAAAAUUUACUUGAAUCUAAUGUUUAAUCUGGCUAUUUCACACGAGAAAUGUAUUGAUUAUGAUUUAUCCAAACAUUGAAGAUUUGUUCAUGUUAACCAAAAGCACAGGUGGCAUUGAUCAAGAACACAAUUGUUGGUGUUAAUGGUAAAGUGACCGUCCCGAAUUUGUUUACCUGAAACCAGAUGUUAAUUUAUUUCUUAUUGUUUUCCAGCUCGGCGAGCAUUGUGUAUAUAUCUGGUCAUCCAGUCCUGGCAUUUCUCAGAAAUAUAAAGUUAACCCAUACAUUGAUGGGUCCCGCACCUUGGGAUUUUCUGGGUCUCUAAAAAAUAAAACGUUCCAUUUAAUCAUUCUAUGUAAGUAAAAUUAUAUGUAAGCUAACUCGCAAUUCUAUACGUGUGUGGUUUAAAAAUUUUUUAAUUCAGUCUGUGAGCUUGUCAUGAUCGUAUAUUUGCUUUAAGGGUUGGUCUGUCUUUACAGUUCUGAUCCAGAAUGUUAACUUUAGCUCAGAUAAACUGCUAUCUCUAUUAUGAAUUCUAGAACAAGCAGUAAGAAGUGGAAUUUCUCUCCAAGUAGCUCAGCACGUUUAUAGACAAUGCUAUAAUAAAAGUGCUAAUCUUUUUAGGUCAGAGUUCUCCAAACUGACCCACCAGAUGUUGCUGAACUACAACUCCCAUGAUUCUCUGGCUAUCUCCUUUCAUUUAAAAACUCAUGGGAUUUGUAGUUCACCAGCAUCUGGAGUGCCGGCGUUUGUAGAACCCUGCUUUAGACGUUACUACCUUCAGAAGUAUCUUUAAUUCCUUUACCUGCUCUUGUUCUAGACUCUAACGGACAUGUAUGUCACAGCUUUGCCAGUCUUGUUCAGUCUAAGGUAGAGAAUGCCCUUACUGUCUCACCAUUGCUCCAACUGGAAGAACCAUCAGAUACCGGCGUUGUAGCCGUUCUGGAUGAUUCCCAUAUUGCCACACUGACAGAACUUCCAUCAAUGCAAAAAGGUAUUUUAUUUAUUUUUUUUAAAUCUUUGAAUUAAAUCUAUUUAUUUUGUUUUGAGGGAGAGGCCUGGCUACCAGGGCGCAGGCUGAGGAAGUUCCUCAGCGAAGUCUGUGAUUUACGUGCAUUCCUGCACAUUUUGAAAUGUAAACAUUUCAUGAUAUCGAGGAGAACCAGGGACAAUCUUGACGGCUCCAUCGAGUGAUUAUGGAGUCCUGGCGCUCUCUGCAGAUCUCAAGCCUUGAUGAUGCAUCGACUCUUGUCCGAGUUAUUUUUGAAGCAACACUAAAAUAAUUUUUUAAAAUAAUAACUAGAGUGUUGCUCACUCUUAAUGCAAUUUUAAUAUUUCCACCUGCCGAGGUACAAAGUGUGAUCUGCAGGUGAAAUUGAUCUUAUUUCCUAAAAAUUAUUUUCUUUUUUCCUUUCAGACAUUCUGUGUAUAUGGAAUACAAAGUUUCAGACCUUACAAGCCGUAAAAGAAUUCUCUCAGAAGACCAGCAUGCAGGUUAGAAUGGCAUAAUGUUCACAUUUCUACUUUAUCGUCUGAGCUAGAACCUCCGCUUAGCAAUAAGCACUAAAUGUGCGUGGCCUUCAUUCACGUUAUCUUUGUCAUUCUGCUUUAUCUUUUCUUAAUCCCCUGCUCCCUGUCUGUUUGAACCCAUUAUGGAUAAAAGGCUAGUUGAGUCCUACUGAUUGUGUAGACUACUUGCUAGUGAUACAAAGCUCUGGUCUGAUCUCACGUGUUAAAAGAAGGAAUUCAUCUUGUGUGAGUUUUGUCUGUAGCAGUGAUGGCUUGUAGGGCCUGGGAUGUCACAGCAGAAUUAUAUCUUAUGGUCUAAAUUUGUUGAAUUAGCAGAGAUUGGUUAUUACAGGGAUCGUUUCAUCAAAGGAACUUGCCCAGGUGUUCUGCCCUCUUGAGACUUUGUUGAUUGCAUUGACAUGUGUGCUGAUGUUUUGAACAAAAACUGCUACAGAAACUAACAUUAGCGGCUGGGAGGGCCCUAGCUUAAAGGAUCACUAUAGUGUCAGGAAAACAAAGCGGGGGCGCUGAAGGGAUUAAAACCCCUGGCUCUGCUGUCUGUAUAACAAGCCGUGGUGUCUUGGAUAAGAGGAGACCUUUAGUUGUCGGAAAUUGGCCCAGAAUUAGAGGUCUUAGGUUGGAAACCCGGCAAAUGUAAAAGGGGUGUCUGUAACGUGCUGAUUUACUAUGUGACAUUUACAAGAAAUCUUAUGAAUCUGAGCGAAUGUUGCAAGUGUUGUAACCAGACUGGCCAUAAAAUGCAAUCAAUAUACUUGUAAAGUAAUCAGCGUUUGAGCGGAGACAUAAAGAAUCCUGCCGAGGGCUGCUUUUAUAAAACACAUCAAUGCUAUUCAUAGCUUAUAAUUGGAAGCAGAACACAGCGGUAAAUGUUUUCUGACGUGGGCCUUGGUUUUUGUUAAUAUUCACAGGUAAGAUUUUCAGAUUAAUAUUUUCGGAUAAACUUUUAAAAGCAUUUAAUAUUUUGAAAAAAAUUAUAUUUUAUUUUCGUAUUUAAAAAAAAAAAUUUUUUUUAGGAGUUUAUUCAAAAUGAUGUAAUAAUUUGAAACGCUUAUCAAAGAAUAUUAAGUUGUCUUCUUUCUUCCUGUAAAAUGACAUACUGUGUUAUAUUCCGUGUUCUAAUUCUGCUCUCUCUUACAGCUCUGGUGCCAUGACAAUAAAAUGUAUGUGGUACAUGGAAAAUCCAUUACAGUGAUACCAUAUGGUUGUGACCCAUCUUGCUUGGCGUCUUCUCUCGGCAAGUGGAGAAACAUCCACACAUCAGGUGCUCCUUUUUAAUCUAUUUGUUUUUAAAUAGAAUGUCUUCUUAUAACAUAUACAAAACAGUUUUUUUAAGUUUUUUUGUUACUAAUUUUAAAUGUUCUAUAUUUAUCUUGUUGUUCAGUUAGGGAUUGUCCAGUAUAAUUUUGCAGAUGUUCCCUGCAGAAUGACUUAUUAGCAAUUCACUGGUUUUCCCAUAGAAAUUGUACUUUGUUAACUUUAAUAAGCAAUUUAAAUCCGGGUUUCUGUGCUCCAGUGAUUAAACACUACAGAGUGGGAAAAUUACUAAAAGCCCGUGAUUGAACAUAACGCUGCAAAAAAAUAAAAAUACCAAAGUAGGCAGAUAAUUUGGAUACAUUGGCACCUAUAAACGGUAGGGGGCAGGAGUAUAUGAACAGGGGAGGGGGCAGGAGUAUAUGAACAGGGGAGGGGGCAGAACAGACUACAUACCAAAGUUGGACUCACUUUGCAUUUCCCCUGGACAAUUCUUCAACGGCAACUGGAGUUAAAUCAGAGCUUGACAAAAAUUCCCCUAAAAAUUAGGAGUCCGGGUCAAAGGUUGUAGCCAAACCAUUAAAAAAAACAAACAAACUUCAAAUUGCAAUUAAUUGAAAUCCAUAUGGAAAAGCUUCUCCAGCUCGCUAAGUCCCAGCUUUUUCCACUUUUUUGGAAUGAGUUUUGCCAGCUUGAUUUUAAGGGACACUAGUCACCAAAACAACUUUAGCUUAAUGAAGCGGUUUUGGUGUUGCAUGUGUGUAAGUGGGCUCUUGGAAAGACGUCUCAAACAGACAUCACACACUUCCUAGCAGACCACGUGGACCUGUCAAGCUGACAGAUUUGCAUCACCAGGUCACAAUCAGAUUGAAUUAUUUGCUGCCCUUGUAGCUAUCCCUUAUGUGUAAUAAUCCUGUAUCUGUGCAGGGUUGCAUGCGUUGGUUUAACACAUUUAAAAAGUUGUGAUGUUUUGAAUAAUUUUCCUGAACUUUUACAUUUUUAUUUUUUUAUUUUUUUUAGCUCUGGAAACCGUAUCAUUUGUAAAUUGGGACACGUUGGUAGACAACGCACCAGAAGCAAAGAAAUCAAACUCUGGCGGCAGAAAAAGUGUACGUUGAGCCCCUUUUCUUGCACUGUGACCAAAUUGUGUUGUACCGUAUGUUCUGGCACUGGAUGAAUAAUUUAUAACCAGGAUUAAAACACCAUUUUGUGAUUAAAUCCCGGAGCUCAUCUCAUCACAGUUCCGGAGCAUGCAAACAGGGCUGACUUGUGUGUGUUUUUUUUCUUCUCAUCAUGAGCACAAUGUGUGCAGUAUUGUAACAAAGGGGGUUUAUCAGUGAUGUGAUACUUUUAUGUUUGGUGCCCAUUACCGGGAAGAUGUGGAAUUGGUAAUCUGAGAAAUAAGAGUCUCUGGCAGAAAUUUAAAAAAAUAUAUAUUUAUCUAUUUGUUUCUAUGUAUGCUUUCUUUCAAUCCAGUUACAGAUCUGUAUUUAAAGGAAUCCUUGGUGUCUUUACUCUAUAGAAGGGCCCCAUGCAAGGUGCAGGAAUUUGAGGGACCUGCAGUGUAGUGAUUUAUGCCAUUAAAGGCUCCUUUCCACUAGUCCUUCCCCCCCACCCCCCCAUGACAUCCUUUAUCACCAAGAAUAUAUUACAGGGUCCUGAGCUGGUUUACUGUGGCAUAGUAUUUCUUUAUUGUAUCAUUAAUCUGCAAGAAGCACUCUGUGUUAUGGCGCGAUAUAAGAAUUGGUCAAUAUACCAUUAUUUCUGUUUACCUGCAGGCCAGGCAGAGGAAGACAAAGCCCACCGUAACAGAUGAUGCAGAUUUGGCCGUGUUGUUGAAAGACAUCCAGGUAAGAUCAGACAGUGACAGGGAAGUUCUCUUUUUGAAAUCUGUGGGUUUUUUAAGGGAGAUUUUGUCACGUGGAGCUGAAGUGUUCCUUUUUUUAGUGAGAAUUUUUCCAGCUGUUUAUCGGUCUUGGUUCCAAAGCUGAAACCCGGAAUUAUUAAAAUAGCACCGGUAUCACGGUGAAUAAUCAGACGUGAGCAACAAUGGACCAACAUCUAUCCAUUCUCCUCAUUCUGGAAUUCUCCACCUUACUCUGUAAAGGUAGCGAGAUUAGAGUUCUUUUAAAAAAAAAAAAUUUAAAUUUUUUUUUUUUUUUUAAUUAGUGAUGCUUGAAGUUAUGGGCUUUGGCUUUUUUGGGGGCUGAAAAAAAGAUGAAAUAGACGGAAGAAAACUUCUGAUGGUGUGUGUGUGUAUAUAGAUGUAAUAAAUCAGUAAAUAUAAAUAUCGUAAUUGCAAUAUGGGGUCUUAUUGACACCCAUAGGAUUUUUAUUUAUUUUACUAUUUUAAGGUGGCGGUUGGCCAGCCUCCUCAUUUAACACUGAUGGCGCCAAGGGUUUUUAACCAUUUGGCUGCUAGCGCUGCCAGCUGGCAAGUCGUUCUUCAGAUGAUCAAUUCGCUUGCAAAAAAAGUAAAUGCUAUUUUGCAAACCUGUAUCCUACCGGAUUUAUUCAGUUUGUCAUCGGCCACCAUACGGUCGUUGAUAAAUCUGAUUCAUUUACUGUAGAUUGGUUUGGAAUAUGAAUACGAAUAUCAUUGAUUUUUCAUAAUCCUCCGAACCGACAUUCAAUAAUUGGUUGGACCAAUCAAAUCCUGAUGUUAUUUAGCCAGUGUGGUCAAAAUUUGGUCGUUUUUUGGACAAAAUGUUUUUUUUUAGUGAAUAACGAUGAUAAUUGAGAAACAUUUUUGUUGCUUAUAUUGGCCAUCCGUGGCAUACAUAAAUUGUGAACAAAUGAAUUCUGUUAUGUUGUACUUUGAUAUCCUAACAAUCCAAUUUGUGUGUUCUUCCCAGAAUGCCCCUGAAAGCCAGAUUGCCAGCGUGGUACAGCGUGCUUUGUGGGGUUAUGAAGCCGUGGAUUUUCAUAUUACAAUUGGGAAAAUCAUGCAGGAACUGUUAAAUCGAUGUCGGUGCGAUCCUAAUUUCUACCCUCAAAGUCCUCUAGUGCAGCUCAUUCAGACAAACCUACUGUCCUACAGGUAACAGUGACCUUUCUUUAUCUAAAGUAAUUUAAGCUUAUUUUGUACUUAAAGCUGUGGAAAUAAGGCAUAAGUUUAACUAGUCUCUGGUGCACCGCCUUGCCAUCGCCAACCAAGUGGCAAUGUUCCCACUAGGGGGUGUUGCCAAAUGUGAAAAGAUCCCAGAAAACGACAGAGGUCCUUUUAAUUUGCUUACAAGAUUGGGACGCCUGAUUCCUCUGCCUGUUCCUUCUUUUCUAUUUUUAUUUAUUUCUCUUUUCUUGAAAAAGUAGUUGUGUACAUGGAAUGUAUUCCAGGAUGGUUGUCGAACCUAUUAAAUAUCAAAAUUCUAUGUUUUACGUUCUCCUGAAACUCAAAAUACAUUUAAAUUGGUUGCCUAUUGUGAUUGUGGAUUUAGGAUGAACCCUGUGUCUGUUCUUCCUCCCAGUUUGUGUCCAGAUUUAGUAGCACUCUCCCUGGAGAAGCAAGACGUGCGUCUGUUACAGCUCUGUCUGCAGCAUCUCCCUGACAUUCCCGAAUCUGUUAUCUGCUCCUGUUUAAAGGCUUUCUUAAGGUGAGCGUGCUCUUUUAACAUUCCCAGUCACAUAGUGUUACUAUUUGAGUACAUCAAAUUAAUGUAUGAUAUUUUGUCUGUUUGUAGUGUCGGUGAAGACCACCUUCGCAAUGCUCCGUUGAGCACAGAGUACAUUUCAAAUUAUAUUGAGGUGGCAGAAGAGGCAGAACAACCUUCUGUGCCUGAUGCUGCUGUGAUACAGAAUGGGUUUAGCCCGGCAGCUCUGGAGGAAGACAGCUGUGACGUUCAGACGCCGGAGAUUGUGUCACGGAGGAAUGAGCCUCCAAAAUCGCCUGUUAGCGUUAAACGAGCUGUACUUCUGUAUCCAAACCCAGAAAACCAUCCCUGAAUGUUCUCCUUAAUGCAUAAAGAUUUGUACACUGUAUUUUUAUAGAAAAUGCCUGAAAGUCCUAUAUGUGAGCAUUUCAGUUAGACAUCUGUACAGUGGAAGGGCUCUGGGAAUACAAAUUACUGUAAAUAUAAAAUUAUUAGUGCUGCACACUGUGCUGAGAUACACACUCUGUGUUUGUAUGUACGAAUGUCCACACGGGCACUGCUCACAAGUACACUCCUGCCUUCAUUUAAACAUCGAUGUGUAGAUGUGCAGUCCUUCAUUCACUACAAUGACACUGCCCACACUUGCACAUCUGCAUUCACUGAGCUGAAUCUUCAGGAAUUCGCCAGGGAAUUAUAAACUUUACAACAAAGUAGGCGAAAAGAUAACUGACAAACACGUUUUUCUAGAUCGGUUACUUUGAUCUAGAAUUAGUCAUUCCCAGAUGACUUCACAAUUUGGUGAAUAACCCUGACUCUGACAUUAUGCCAAACACCGCCCUAACUCAACACACUCCUGCAUCUAUCCAUCCAUCCACAUGCUCUCAUUGACUCUCCACAUUGCAGACAUGCCUAGUUGCUUAGAAUAAGAAUUUUUGAUCGAUGCUUCUCAUUAUCUACUUGACCAUUCGAUACAUGAAGUUAUAAAUCCAUGGGUCUAUCACUAUUUGAAUAACGAGUAAAUGAGUUUUUUUAGAAUGGUUAAACUGUUACUUUCCUGUGUUGCUUCAUGUCCUGUCCUUGUUUGAUCAUUUUAAUAGCCAAUGUUUCCUUAAUUUGUAAAUCCAGAAAUUCCAUCCUUACUUAUCCCUAUAGUGAGACCUUUCUCCUGCCUCAUCUGAAGUCUCUCUCUGCCAGUCAAGUUGUGGUAUGUAUUGUGCCUUCUUAUACUCAUGCCUUGUCUGCUGGCCGUUAAACUCUUAUAAUAACAAGAAAAUUGAACUUUCAUAUUGCUUGGCCAUGACUGUGACCUUGUUCUAUCCUUUUCAUUCUGCUAAUUUCUGUUGGGGCCUCUUAUAGAGCAGACACCAAUGGUAUUUUGAAAAUGCAACGAUCUUGCUAAAGGAUUCUGUACAGUAUAUUAAAGGAGGAGGAAAAUAAUGCAUACAUUGUGCUAGUAGACCUGUUAGCUAGUGUAUAGAUGUUUGCAAAGAAACAUGGGAAAAAAUAACUUAAUUUUUAAUGUGUUGCCUCCCAAUCCAUGCUUUAUCACAGUUCCAAAUUCAGUGAAGCAAGUUUACUCUCUGGUGUCUCACAUUUAGACCAUCAGAGACGACGAACAUAGACGGCACAGUGUGCUACUUCAUGUGCUGUGCACAUUGCUCUCAGGAUUCUCUGAAUGCAAGAUGUACUUCCUACCAAGGGUUCUCCUGCUCUCGGUCAAAGUUACAUUGCAAGCACUCUGGUUGUUCCAUGCUAGGGGAAUAUAUAAGCAGAAUGACCGAUACCGACCUGGCACAGAUUGUAUUGGUAUUGUAGUGGGGGAUCAGCCAGCUUGGACGUACAAGGCUGAUUAAGGUAGACUGGGAUCCCCCUGUCCACUCUGGAAAAGUGGAGAGUUUAGAUAGAAUAGCUCCUAAAAUAAAUAUCUAUAUCCUGUAAUAAUGGGUUCACUUUAAAGACAUGACCAAUAAAUUGAGUUUCCAUUUGAUUUAACAAAAAAAAAAUCUAUUUAUUGAACUUUUAUUUUUUUACACCAUUCUAUAUUUGCUAGAGAAUCAUUUCUGUACUAGAUCCAAUAGGAACCAGGUGAACAUUGCACAGACGGCAUUAUAUGCUGCUGAUAGCGUGCAUAGACAAGGUAUUUAUAUAUGUCCUGAUUUUAUGUUUCUUUUUCUUAGCUUUUCCUUCGAUAUUUGCAUUAUCUCUAUGUGAAAUGCGGUGGUGACCUCACAAUAAACCUCCCGGAGAAACAAAUGCCUUCAACCAACCAGGUAACAGGGAUUUAAUGUUCUUUCUCUUGUUUCAUUGUCCAUAUUGUGUUUUACUAAACGGCUUUCUUGGCCAUAUUGGUGGGUUACUCUCCCCGCGGGAUGUCGUUUCUGCCUAGAUCAACUAGGACCAUCUUGAUGUUCAAAGUCCUGAACAGGAUUUUGGGUUAAACGUCCUGUGAUUGAUCCUGUCCUGACGUGGGUUCUAGGUUACACAUCUAUUGAAGGACCCAGACUGGGUGUUGGAUACACUUCUACUUUUGGUAUGCUACUGGCCAGAUGAUUGCGUUACACUCCUAUUUAAUGGCUCCAGUCUUAGCGAGGGUGAUGGGGUACACUGCCAGGUAUAGCACUCGUCCUUGACAGGGCUGUGGGUUACAUGAGCACUGCAAGCCCCACCGGCUAAUCCCUAAACUGGAAUGGACCAGUGACUUGCAAAUUCUGAGACAAAAUAGCGGAGUUAGAGAAUUUUUCUUUUCAGUUAUUUUGACCUAGGAAGUGCGAUUCUCUGGCCAGUUUAAUAAAUGACCAUAGCGCUCUCCUAGCUCCGUGUUCUUCUCUCUGAAUGUAAUCCAACUCCUAUUUUGUUUCUUUCUCUCUUCAGAUUAUGGAUUGGAUGAGUGUUGUGUUGGAUGCCCAUUUCACAGUUGUGGUUAUGUUACCAGAAGCCAAGAAAAUGCUUCAGAAGCUUCAUAAAUUUGUCAGAACACAGGUAGGUGUUUCAAUCACUGAUCUGGAUCAUCUGUCACCUCACACACCACCAACAAUUGCAAGCCCAGAACCUACAGACAAUCUGCUUCCUGUAGGCAGGCCAUGGACUAUCUGAGCAAUAUUUAUCUGUAAAUGAGGAAGUUAGGUUUACCUUUUUAACACCCUAAGAAUAUUUUUUUUUCAUGUUUCCAGUAUUGCAAGAUAUCCCAAGUUUAGCAAUAUGCAGUACAUCUGGCCUUAACUUCCUACACUUAGUUGUGUCUUAACUUGGCUUCAUCAUUAAAAUGUGGUCAUAUAUAUUUAUUUUUUUGAGAUUUUCACCAUUCAGUGUAGAGAAUGGGGGGUAAUGUCUAUAGUGUUUUAGAAUUUUUAUGUGUUUUGUUUCCAUCCUAGAUGAAGUUGUACUCAGAACUGAACAAGGUUGAAGGAUGUUUAUCAGAGCUGCACAGAAUGAAACACCAAGUCAAAGACUGUGACCGAUAUUCAAUAGAAGUUCUGGAACUGUAUUAAGCAAACAGAAAUUGGAACAUUUUUAUUUUUACUUUUCCAAGAAAAGAAAAAUAGCAUUUUUUUAUUUUUUUUCAUUGUGUAUUUUAACACCUACUCUUUUCUAAAUGAUGGAUUUCAAACUGCAACCUCACUAUGCGUUUAAUGUUGAGUGCCAUCGGUGGACAGCCCUGGUUCGUUCCUGCACUGUCAAAUCCUGUAUUUUAUUUAAAAAAAAAAAAGACAAAUGUAUUUGAAUUUUCAUCGAUAAACUGUUCAAUCUGAACUUUGUUUGGUAAAAUAGUCUCCUCUCUUGGCUCUGUGUUCUGUGUGGAUAAAAAGUGACGAACGUUAUAACAUGUAAAAUGCAAUUGCUAGCCAGUUUUGGUUAAUCGAGUUAGCGUUUCGCUCUCCAUCGGGGAGCAGUGCUACGGUUCUUUCUAAACAUGGUUUUUUAUAUUUAUAAGGAAAUUGCGUUUUGGGUCUUUGCAUGCCCAUGAUCUCAACUAUUGCAGGGAUAUCUGAGAAAAUGCAUACAUAGCUUGCCAGGGUGAGCUUUGAUUUGCGUUUAUCAUGGCAUGUUGUUUUUAUAUUUUUUCAUUGGUUCAGUUGUGGAAACCACAAUAUGUACACCGUGUCCUACAGCUCAAAGCACCAUUUUUCAAGAAGUGAUAGUGCCUUAUUCCUUCACCCUAGUGAAUGUAGUGAGUACUUACUGGGUUAUGUGGCAGAGAGGGGAAGAAAUAAAUAAAACAAAUUUAAAACUGCAGGAUUUUCAUGUUUAGGAGCCGUAUAAAGAUAUGCACCGGCAAGGUGGCACAGUCCUGGUUAAAUUAAAUGACAUGGUUUGUUCUGUUCUGGUUGUGCCAGGAUAGUCGGGUAUACAAUGUAAAUUAAAACUGAGUAUUUUGAAAAUAAA